UCCUAUUAUGCAAAUACUCUGAAUUAACCCUUAUUCUCCUGAAAGACUCUAGACCCAGUCCAUUGUAGUGCACUAUUUCAUGUCUACGUAUCGUCGAUUUCAAGAAUUUCACAAGCCACCUAAUUCGAGAUCCCUUGUCCCUCUUUUCCGGAUUAACUUUGAAUAACUUGGCCAAUACAGAACAUAAGCGCCGCAGACUGAAUUAAUAUACAAAACCCCAGUACACCGACUGCUGCUAGUGCGGUGAGGGCCUUAAGCACGGUAUAAAGCACGAGACGCAUCACUGUUUUCGUUUGAGUGUUCACAGCUGGUUCUAUGAAUGGGCCGUAUUGUGCUUUGUUCAUCCAGGUAGCUGGUUACUACAAUGAACGUUUUCUGAGUUCUGGUGGUUUAGUAAAGUGGGGCUCAGAGCCCGAGUCUGAACUGGAGAAGUCCGUGUCCAGACUGCCAGUUAUUCGCAGCUUUGGGUUUUUAACCACGCAGGCAACACUGGAACGGAAGGGGGCUGGCCGUUGGCCGUGGGGUGACGGAAAGGUAUGUUUUUGUCAAGGAAGGUGCAGCGGGCUUCGGGCAAUCAAACAAGAGCGUACACAGACAUGUGGCAAACUCAUAUGCUACGGAGUGAAGAAAGUGUUUGACAUUUUGGAAAUGUGACGGUCUUGAUACUUAAACAUCUGGCUUGGCAGCUGUGUGAAUGCUGCGCCACAUUGGAAGCACUUAAACUCUGGAGACUGGAUUUUUCAUCAAGAAUGCUCCGUUGAAGGAUGAGGAUAUAGACUAUAAAGUUUGACAUUCUUAAAUUGUUUGCGGGUUUACCUCAUAAGGCUGGCUGUGGACUCCAGGUGCAUCAUACCGCCACCGCACCUUAGAGCACCGGAGUACACACAGGAGCGCGCGCCUUCAUCAGCGGAGCCGCGUGCCUGGGCGGUGGCGGCGGGAACUAUGCUGACGCUCACCUUCACCUGCCGCGUGCUGCUUAUCUUCUUCCUCUCAGAGACGGUUCAAACCGACAAGUCUCCGACGUUCCUGAUCACAGAGAACAGGUGGCCUCGGGGUUGUGUGCUGGACUGCCACAAGGGGCGCCCUCGAGCCGUGUGUGGCAGCAACGGCCGCCUGUACAAGUCGCUGUGUUCCUUCCAGAGGUCUCACUGCAUCAACCCCCAGCUCCGCAGCGUGCCCAGGGCCCAGUGUGCAGGCGAGGAGUCUCUCUCACCCGGCUGGCACGCCACACCCGGCCCAGAGGGACAAACAUACCCUGGCCGCUCCAGGUGUCAGCUGGCUCGCUCUGUUGCCAUGGAGUCCAGCCUUCACACACACACGGUGGCCAUCUUUGUCCCAGAAUGCACUGCAGACGGAAGCUUCCAGCAGGUGCAGUGUCACAACCAGACAGGCUACUGCUGGUGCUCCACCCAGGACGGCAAGCCUGUCAGUGGGACCUCAGUCCUCAACAUCAGCCCCAACUGCACAGGUCAUUUCUCAGACAUGGCUCAGGAAAUGGAUCUGGAAUCAGUCCCAAACAGAGACGGUGGUGGGCCACAGGCAACCUUAGACCGUGGGAGACCUCUCUCUGCAGAGAUCACCGUGCCUCCCUUCUGGGUGACCAUCCAGCUGAACUCUGACCCCCGAGGAAACCGCUCUGCCAGACGACCAACAGACAGCCCCCAGUCGUGUGAGCGUGAGCGAGCCUUGCUGCUCUCUGAGGUCCGACCCGUCUGGCAGGAGGAACGCUUUGUCCCAGAAUGCAGUGCGGACGGCCGCUACAGCCCCAUCCAGUGCCACGUUGCCACGGGAUACUGCUGGUGUGUCAGGGUGGAUACAGGCCGACCGCUACCUGGGACCUCCACCAGGAACCGUAUGCCAGACUGCAGUCCAGAGGAGUCCCAUACCAGCCAAUCAGAGAGAAGCUACACUGAUAGGCCUCUCCCAGGCUGCCCUGGGGCACGUAAGAAGGAGUUUCUGCAGAGCCUCAUCAGAGCCCUCCAACUGGAAGCAGAGCAUGCUGGGAAAUUGAGUCCUGAUAGAGUAACAGACACCGACCAAUCAAACACCUCUUCCCCCGUGUCUGCCAUGCCCCCCUCCUCUGCCCCGCCCCAGGAAGCUGCCGAUUGGCCGUCCUCAGGCCCAGGCGGGUCUGUGGGCGGAGCUCUGCGCUGGCAUUUUGUCCGAUUGGACGUGGACGGCAGCGGGGUGCUGAGUGAACGCGAGGCCCGCCCCCUGCGCCUCUUCCUCCGGCGCCGCCUCAAACCUCGCCGCUGCGCCAAGAAAUUUUCCCAGUACUGCGACCGCAACACCGACCGGGGGCUGAGCCUGGCCGAGAUCACCGCCUGUCUGGGAGUGUGAG